UGACUUUGUCAUUGAUGAUUCAGAGGAAGGGGAAGAGGACAAUAUUAUUGCAGUUCCUUUUGAAAGUGACAUGCCUACGUCUGAGGAAGUGGAGCUUGCCAUAAUUCUGAGCGCUUUUCGAGAGGAUCACCUUUCUGGGGGCGUCAUAUCCACUUGUUGUAUCAGGAGGAAAAAGCUUCUGGAGAGUGCCAUUAAAGUGAUCUCCAGAGUCACUUUCUGUUGGACCGAUUCACCACAGAUUGAGUUUGUAGGAGAAGAUGCAGAUGAUAUGGGGGGACCACAGCGAGAGUUUUUCAGACUCUUGAUGAUAGAGGUUCAGACCUCUCUUGGCAUUUUCGAAGGAAAGGCUGGCCAGGUCUUUCUUAGUUACGACCAAGCAGCAUUAGACCAAAAUAAGUACUUCAAAGCUGGGAAUCUUAUCGCUUGGUCGAUUGCACAUGGAGGUCCAUGCAUCAAAGCCCUGGAUACCAGCCUCUUCCAGCUGAUGUGUGGCCAGGAGCCACAGCUUGAGCAGUUUGACUGGCAGUUGCUGCCUGACCCAGAUGUGCAAAGCAAAGUCAAAAGGAUCCUAGAGUGCAAGACUGCAGGGGACCUGACAGCACUCCAGAAAGACUUGGGGAACUGGAUUAAUGAGUGUGGUGUCCCAUUCAUAUUCACAGCUACAAUUGAAGACAUACCAAAAAUCUAUGCUUACGUGGUGAAGCACUACAUCUUUCUCAGGUAA